AUGAAGGGCUCGACUCGUGCCGUUCUCUUCCUCGGCGUCUACCUCUCGGCCCUCCUGUGCAGUCUCACCUCGGCCGCCUCGAUCGAGCACGCACAGUACCUCCUCAACGCCCGCCAGGCCGCCGAGCACAACACCACCGUUUCAAACAGCCCCGCUACCGAGGGCACCGCCGUCUCUUCGUCCGACACGGUCUCUCCCGACUCUCCCUACAAUGCCGCCGGCUUCUGGAGAGGCGGGCCGGAGCUCGCCGACGUCAACAGCCCCUUCCACCCCAUCACGGGCAACGGCGGCUGGGAGUGGGCCGUCGAGAGGGCAAAGUCGUGGGUCUCGCAGAUGACCAUCGACGAGAAGCUCAACCUCACCGCCGGCCUGGCCGGACAGGGUAGGUGCGAGGGCACCCUCGGAAGGGUCGACCGCUUCGGCAUCCCAGAGCUCUGCUUCCAGGACGGGCCCGCAGGCGUGCGCACCUCGGACUUUGUCACCGUCUUCCCGCCCGGCCUCACCACGGCCGCGACGUGGAACCGCGACCUCAUCUACCAGCGCGCCGCCGCACUCGCAGAGGAGGUCAAGGGAAAGGGUAUCAAUGUACACCUUGGCCCGGCCACUGGCGGUCCCCUCGGACGUGGUCCCUGGCAGGGACGCAACUGGGAGGGCUACGGUCCCGACCCUUACCUCCAGGGCGAGGCCGGCUACCACACCAUCAAGGGCACGCAGUCCAACGGCGUCAUCGCAACGGCCAAGCACUUCCUCGCCUACGAGCAGGAGACGUUCCGCCAGCUCUACGCCGCCGACGACCCGUGGACGCUCAACCCGCAGAACAACACGCGCAACACGUACAGCGCCAACCUCGACGACCGCACCAUGCACGAGCUCUACCUGUGGCCCUUCAUGAACGCCGUCCGCGCCGGCAGCGGCGCCGUCAUGUGCGUCUACAACCGCAUCAACGGCACCCAGGGCUGCGAAAACUCCAAGGUGCUCAACACGAUCCUCAAGGACGAGCUCGACUUCCAGGGCUUUGUCGUCACCGACUGGUCGGCCGCGUUCAACACCAGCGACACGUACAACGGCGGCAGCGACGUCGUCAUGCCCGGCGGCAACACGGGCGGAUACCGCAACCUCGUCGGCGGCAAGAACCUCGCAAAGGCGCUCCAGGACGGCACCGUCAAGCAGGAGCGCGUCGACGAUGGCAUCGUCCGCCUCUUGACCCAGUACAUCCUCCGCGGCCAGGACAAGGACUGGCCCAAGGUCAACUACAAGGACGGCUACAUGAACACCUACCUCAACGGCACGCUCGUCAACGAGCACAAGAAUGUCCAGGCCGACCACUGGAAGGUGGCCAAGAAGGUGGCAGAGGAGGCCAUCACGCUCAUCUACAACAAGCGCCAGGGCAAGGGCAAGGGUGGGGCCGAGGCCGGCGCGCAGGGCAUCGAGGGGCGCGCGCCCGUCGGCCUGCCGCUCGCCAAGAAGGCGAGGGUGGCCGUGUUCGGUAGCGACGCCGGACCCAACCCGUACGGCAUCAACGGCUGCCAAGGCUGGCUGGGCCGCGGAUCGCAGCUGUGCCCGGGCAACCACACCUCGAACGGCACCAACGCCAUCGGCUGGGGUUCGGGCGCCGGCUACUUCCCCUACCUCAUCGACCCGCUCGCCGGCAUCUCGGCCAAGGCGCGCGAGUACGGCGGCACCGUCGAGAGCAACCUCAUCGACGAGGUCGACGAGGGCGGCCAGAACCGCAAGCUGGUGCAGUCGACGGCAUCGAUCGCCGAUGCGAGCCUCGUCUUUGUCCAGGCGCGCUCGGGCGAGGACAGCGACCGCAGCACCCUCGCCCUCGAGGCCAACGGCGACGAGAUGAUCAAGGCCGUCGCGGCCGCCAGCAACAACACCAUCGUCGUCGUCCACUCGGUCGGCCAGAUCUACAUGGACGAGUGGUUCGACCACCCCAACAUCACCGCCCUCGUCUUCGCCCACCUGCCCGGCCAGGAGUCGGGCUCGACGAUCGCAGAGAUGCUCUACGGCGAGACGAACCCGUCGGGACGCAUGCCCUUCUCGAUCCUGGCCAAGAGGGACGCCAAGCACUACCCCAAGAUCAUCAACGGACCCGUCGACGACCCGCAGGUCGACUUUGAGGAGGGCCUCUACAUCGACUACCGCCAGUGGGACAAGCUCAACCUCGAGCCCCUGGUCCGCUUCGGCCACGGCAUCUCGUACACCGAGUUCGACUACUCCGAUCUCGAGAUCAGCCAGACGGGCGACGACGACUUCUACCCGACCGAGGUGCCCACCCAGAGCGGAAAGGACAAGCACCCGGGCGGAUCGGCCAGGCUGUUCCAGUACCUGGCCAAGGUGUGCGCCAAGGUCAAGAACGUCGGCCACGUGAGCGGCCACGAGGUGGCCCAGCUCUACCUCGGCUACCCCGAGGCCGCCGAGGCGCCCAUCAAGCAGCUGCGCGGCUUCGACAAGCUCAUGGACGUCGCCCCCGGAUCCACCAAGACGGCCGAGUUCAAGCUGACCCGCCGCGACUUUAGCGUGUGGAGCGUCGAGAAGCAGGCCUACACCAUCGUCGACGGCACCUACAAGGUCUGGGUCGGAAAGAGCUCCGACCCCAAGCGUCUCACCCUCAAGAGCUCCAUCACCAUGAAGGACGGCAAGAUCGCCGACAUGAAGUAG